GGCGGAGGUGGAGGACGUCUCGGAUGAGCAACAACAAAUCUCAGGUUCGCCUGGUGACGACUUCGAAAUCGAUCCAGCAGAACUUUUUGAAAACCAGGGAUGUUUGGGUGUUGAAAUAUUUCCAGCGGAUGAUAGAGGAUCUGGCUCAGAGUUUGACUCUGAGCGCGAAGAGACUGUUGAUUUGUCAUCUGAGAAUGAGCUUUCCGACAAUUUUCCAUAUGGGAUGACUCCGCCGAGAAAUAUAAGAAGACGUAAAGAGAAAUCAAGAAGAGAAAAAGAUAAAUUGCAGUCUUUCCUGAAGAGUCCUUUAACUUUUCAAUAUGGAUCUAAUCCUUCGGAAAAAACAGAGCUGGACAGACGGAAAAAGCGAGGUUCUACUCAGCUGACAAACGAACGAGCCUUCCAGAGACAACUCAAGCGAGGCAGUGUUGAUGUUGGAUUUGCCAGUGCUGAAAGUGGUGUCCAUUCGUCAGACACCUCAAAAUCUUUAGAGGUGCCCUGCAUCAAGAUCGAAACCUCAAGUCCAUUCAUGUCCUUGGACUGUGUUUGCGAGGAUUCUUCGGACACUUCAGGUAUAAAUAUGCGCGCCAGCAUUGUCACAGAAUCCAUAGCCAUUACUCGAAGAAAUGCUCCAGGGCACAAGAAGGCAACUCGCUCAGAAUCUGAUCCUCAUAGUUCUUCUACAUCUAGGAAUUUACUCGAUCCUUUUUGUCCAGAGGCGAGAAUGGAGUUCUAUAGAACAUUUUCUCUUUUGAUUAAACUGGGCUCAUUGGCCCACAAACAGCAAGAAAGACAUUAUGGAGUUGAUAACAGUGCCCUUGAGAGGCAAAGCUCAGAAGAAAAUAAGAAAUGGCAAGUGGAAUUUUCACAAGCACUUUGGCUUGAACUGCAGGCAUGGCAUGCAAACCGAACCAUGGAAGAACAGGAUCAGUAUUUAGUUCAAGCUCGUGAUAAUGUUAAAGAGGUGCUGGAUGAGGUUAUAAAUUUUAAAGUUAAGAAACAAGAUGGGAACAGUCAGAUUUCAAAUGAGGAAACUGAGAACAACAAUUUAAAAAUCAGUCACAAUGUGAAUGGAGAUUCUGGCAUUCUUAAUGGUGAUGAAACCAUCAGUGGUACAAAUGAGGAUUUGCUUAGUUUAACACAGUCAUCAUAUCUAGUAGAUCCAUCAAUGCACAGUUCUUGCACAGUAGAUCAAGUAAAUCUUUAUCAGACAUCAGACACAAAUCACUCUGUAAUUGAAAACAGUGAGCUUUCUUCUGAAACAGAUAGCUUUCAGAAUGUCCGUGACAGAGAUGCACCAGAUUAUAGAGCUAUGAGAAACAGACUGUCGUUAGAUUUUAAUCAUAGAAACCAAAAACGUUAUUUUAAUGAGGCAAGAGAGGAAUGUUUCUCAGAUAAAACACACUGUCAGCUGAAAGCUGCCAUUGAUCAAGUUACGGAACUCUUUGACAAAUUGGAAAUGAUCGAGCAUCUUUAUCCCACUCGCAAGAACCUUGGAGAGCAAAAUCAACUGUACACAGGCCAAGAAUUCACAAGGAACUUUGAAACAUUGUGUUUGUGGUUCAAUGUAACCAGGGAAUUAAACUACAAGCUACAUUCAAUUGCUAAGUUUGUUGGUGUGAAUCCAGAUGAGACAAAAGUUUGGCAAGAUUGGUUAGAUGUUGGUCUUGGAAGAUUGGGUAAUAUGUGCCCAGCCUCUGACUUGAAUCUUGAUGACAAUGAAACUUAUUAUUCAUUAUCUGACGACGACAAUGAUGAUGAUGAUGAUGAGGAGGAGGAGGGGGAGGAGGAGGAGGAGGAAGAUGACAACGAUGACAGCAAUGAUGAUGCUGCUGAUGAUACGGAACAAGGAAAUGGAGGAUUAUCAGGUACUCUUCCUUCAUCCCCAAUUAGAACAAUGACAUCUGAAAGUCAGGCAAGCACAAGCACACCUACACGGCUGUCAAGAACAAGCAGCAACUUGUCCAACUUCAAGUGGAGUUCAACAUCAAGAUACAGACCAUUUGUUGACCACAGCAUCAAGAAGAUGGGGUUGAUAAAACUUGGAAAGAGACUGGGAGACAUUCUGGACACAAGUAUGAUGAAGGCUAGACAAGCCUUGGUGCUUCCGAGCAACAAAUGCCAGGACAACGAAUGCCAGUGCAGUAACCCUGUUAAAUUGGAGCAUAGGAAGUGGUCUGUCAAUAAUUUGGAUGCACUUAUUAAUGGAAAAGAAGAACCAAUUCAACUCUUCCGCUGUAGCUGUCAUCCUCACAGAAGAGCAAUGUACUGUGGGAAUGAGAAUUUUGAUCAAGGGAUUUGGGUGGAGGAGUUCAUUAAAGAAACUGGUUUGCCCUCUUUCCGAUCAUUGUACCUGUUUCUGUCACGAGUUCCACUAGACAUCAUCCAUGAAUGUUUGCGUCUGAGGUUGCAGCAUCGGCCUAAGGGGGAGCCUUCAUCAUUGAGUGUAAGACAGCUUCUGCGGGAAUGUAAAGAUGUGCUGUUAGGUGGUGUUCUGGUGAAAGAUUAUUACCUGGAUCUUGUGAGUGGAAUUUCAAACUCAGAAGAUGUAAGCAAGGAAAACACAGAGAGUGACAUUGAAGGCUUUGAGCAGGAUCUUCAGAGUUUGUUACAGGUAUAUUUUGAGUACUUGCACAAUGUCAUCCAUUUGGUCCAGAGGCUUCCUCAGGCAUCCAAAGGACUAAAGAACAUUCUUGAAGAAGAGUGGAGCUUUGUUAAGAAACAUUGCCGCCAUAUUAGAGGAGGAGAAGUAGAAGGAGGAACGAGAUUUUGUGUCAUGGCCUCAGGACUGCUUGAGUCAACUGGUGACUUUUUGGAGUCUGAACUGGAUCAGAGCUGCUCGGAUCUUCACAACAACACUGAUCACAGUGAGGAUCUCAGGAGGAAAGUGCUAGAGGCUUGUAGAGGUUUUAAACAUUUGUUUAAUGAAGCAAGAGAAAGGGCUUCUAAAGCCCUUGGCUUCACUAAGAAACUCCAGAAUGACCUUGAAAAUGCUGCAAAGUUUACCAUUGAUGUUCCUAUGAAUGAGCUUUUGAUGAGACUAGAAGCUAGUGGACAUGUACAGGUUGUAGCAAGACACAUGGCUGGACUUUUUCUGUUUGUGCCAAAAACAAUGGUGAAGAGAAAAUGUCAAAUUAUCCACCUGUUGAAUUCUUGCUGUGUUCAUGAAGAAUAUGGUGAUCAAGUUGUUUCUGAUGUUUCUGGAUAUCUCCUGAUUUUGCCACCAUGUGCCCCAGAGAAUGGAAAUGACGUGCCUGUAACAUGGAAUGGCAAGAAGGUUGUGGUGAGCCCAACCAUGGAUACUGCCAUCAGUUUAGCUGACAUACAGGUUGGGGGCAUGAUUUUGGUUGUACAGAACUCUAAAGAGCUGGAUGAUCAGCGCAAAGUAUUUCUUGACAGCAUGAGUCUUGCUGUCAGCGCUGUCAAGCAAAGGACAUCCAGUCAUCAAGCUAUUGCUGAAGCACUUGAUGAAUUGCAGUAUCAAAAAGAGGUGGCACGAUUGGUAUUUGGGGAGAGAAAGGACACUCUUGGACAAAAUAUGCUGAAAUUUUCCAAGAAAUGGAUGAAGUUUGUGAUGACAAAGUGUGAGAGGGGAAGAGGCACACGACCAAGAUGGGCCAAUCAAGGUCUUGACUUUCUUACAGUAGCAUGUGAUCCCAAGACACUAAAAACUUUAUCAGAGUCUGCAUUCCAGGAAUUGAAAAAGGCCAUUAAUGGGUGCAUCUGUCAUGUGAUCGGAAGUGCAGAAAGCUGCAGUGGAGCAACCAGCGCAGCAUACAGAUCUCAGAGUCCAGCUUGUCCGUCCCCAGUGUUUGGCAGAAGUGGUUCCACAGGAGGACUUCUGAGACCACUGUCAUGGCCGGCAGGAAAGCCGUCCAAAUUCCAAGGGGACCCAGCGGAUUCUGAUGAAAAUCAAUCUACGCGACGGCAGUUGUCAGACCCUGUGGCUAAGACACAGUUUCAGAGUUUAGCAACAGAUGCCACUGUGAACGAUGCUGAAGGUGAAAAUACUGAUGAAGGUGAAAGGGAUGGUGUGAAACAUAAGGAUAGCUUUGUAGCAGCACCAGAUGCACCCCGGUUAGAAAAAGUUCGUCACUCUCUGAAGAAACUGGAAAUGAAGAGAAAUGAGUAUCUAUGUGAAAAGCAUGUGAUUGGUCGAGUGAGCAACAGACGCCGUGAUAUAGUCAAGGAGCUGGCAUGUAUUUCCAACAGAAAAGUGCCAUUUAAGUGGCAGCGAGGAAAUAAAAUAGGUGAAGGUCAGUUUGGAAAAGUGUACGCUUGUGUUAAUUUGGAUACGGGUGAAAUGAUGGCUGUGAAACAGAUCAAAUUUCAGCCAAAUGAUCAUGGUGAAAUACGUGAUCUAGCUGAUGAAAUAAAGAACUUUGAGGGAAUACGACAUGAAAGUCUUGUGAAGUACUAUGGUGUGGAACUCCAUAGGGAUGAGAUGUUCAUCUUCAUGGAAUAUUGUGCUGAUGGCACCAUAUCAGACAUUGCCAAACUUGACCUUCCAGAAACAAUGAUCAGAGUGUAUACUUACCAGAUUCUUGUUGCCGUCAGUGUGCUGCACGAAAAGGGUAUUGUGCACAGAGAUGUCAAAGGUGCCAACAUAUUUGUGUCAUCUAAUGGUGUUCUCAAGUUGGGGGAUUUUGGCUCUUCCAUUAAGCUGAAGAAUCCUCUGCAGACAAUCUAUGGAGAGAUCUGCAAUAUACGAGGAACUGUAGCUUACAUGGCACCUGAAGUGAUAACGCUGGAUAAAGGGGCCGGUUACGGCAGAGCGGCAGACAUCUGGAGCAUUGGAUGUGUUGUGGUUGAGAUGGCAACAGGAAAGCCUCCAUGGCCCGACUGUGAUAACAACUUUGUGAUCAUGUUCAAAGUUGGUGAAGGAGCCACGCCUACUAUCCCUGAGAGUUUGAGUGAAGAGGGACAGGAUUUUCUGCUUUGUUGUUUUUUGCAUGAUCCUUAUGAACGACAUACAGCCAGUCAGUUGAUGGACCACUCGUUUGUCAAGGUAGAUUUCUAAAGUGCUGUUAAAGCUUCAUGCAGAUUGGAGCUAUUGAUGUCCUAGUGGAAACGUUCUGAACUAAUUUGUUCAAGUACUAUCGACUUGGCAGCAAUUUGGUUUGUGGCUCAAGAAUCAUCUGAGGACGGUUACUCGACCUGCUGAGACCAAAACCUCAUCCGUCCCAAAGCGUGUGGGUGAGUCUCGCCCUUACAGUUGCUAUGCAACAGUGAACUCGUACGUCAUACUGACCAGACAACGAUCGGAGUACUCGCCAGUACUUAUCCUAAAGUUUGAUUGAUAAGUUAGAAUCGGAUAAUCUUUGUCAACUUAAAGAAGGCUAGGCAAAGACAAGGCUAUUUCUUCCAAAUGCAAUUUUAAAAAAGAAGCUAU